GCCACGUCGCACGACCGCGCAAUUGUCAGUUAAAUCGAUGCAGUGCCGAAUCUGCGAUGGCACAGUUAUAUGUUCCCGGUCAUGUUGGCCGAUAGCUUGAUCGCCUGACAGGGAAGGCAUGUGGUGAAGGCAGGAGAGCAAGCAAUGGAAGUUGUGAAUGGCGAUCUUAACAGCCACUCAGAUGUGAUCCUCAAUGGGUACAUGAACAAAAGUUUUCAGUCCAGUCCAAAGGAGAACGAGACAGGCAUUAUGGCAAUUUGUGAGCUUCACCACUGUGAAGUCAGUGGGGUUUCCACUCAGCUUCAAGGCGAGGAUACUACACACAGGUAUGAGAAGAAAGCAAAAGGGACCCGAAUCUGGAGGUUUGUCAGUAGACGGAGAGCUAAUUCUGGGCGUAGUAAAAGACCUCAGUCUAUGAUACUCACAAGUGAGAUCAGUGAGCCCAAGCCUAAACUGUCUUUCAUGGACAAAGUGAGAUCAUUUAAAAGACUGAGAUCUGCAACUUUUUCCAAGAGUUCUGUCCUUCGUAAUUCCAAAGCAAAGGUCCCCAGUCAACCAUCAGAAGACAUAGAACUUACCAUACCAAGUGCUUUAUUUAGGACAAGGAAAUAUGCUGAUGGCCAAAGACCAUACAGACAUUCUUAUGCAGGCUACAUUGAUGACCUUGAUACCUCAUUUGAAGAUGUAGAGUUAAACAUUAGUAUUUCUGAAUGUUUUCCUAGUGAAAACAAGUGGUUAAGGGACAUAGAUGGCGAAAUGAAUGGAACUUCUGAAGAUAUGGACAACGAAAAUUUUGGCAGCAAUCGUAGAUGGCCAUUGGUUAACACUAAGAGCUCAACUAUUGCUGAAGGAGAAAUCCAAAGGCGAGGACUUAAAAUGGCACCAGAACAUCGCAGAGGAAGGAGCUCUUAUAUGUGGAGUUACAUAAAGGGCCUAUCAAAAGAUGCAAAGGGAUUUGAGAAAUUUCAAGGCAGUACAUUCCAAAAUGCAGAUGACACAAGUGAUAGUAUUUCUUCUGCUGAAAAAGAUCAAAGAUUACAGGACAAUGUGACUAAAUCACCUGACACUGGAAGCAGUGGGAAAUCCAAAAACUUUGGUGGGGUAUUUAAAUUUUUCAGCAACGUGGCAGAAGUAGCUAGGAAAUGGAGAGGGUCCACUAGGUCAUCUACAUCAGAUGAUCAGGUUUCUCAGUCAACUCCACGAACUCCUAGAAUGCAGAACUCCUUUAUCAAAGAACCUUUAGUAAUUGAAAAUGAGAAUGCAUUGAUUUUUCUUUCUGAGAUUCCUCAGUCUACAGAUUCUCGCGUGUGGGAGAAUCACCAUCUCAUGGAUAAUGCACCAGUUCAGGAAAUUUUACCCACUAUCAGAACAGAAGAAGACACAAAAAAUCCAGAGUUAUACACGCCAAAAGUAUUGGAUGAUGAUACAUCAUAUUUAAACGAUACUUCCUGUGUGGAAGAAGUUCCCCAAAAACCAACACAAGCAAUGUUUGAAUUGUCACAACCCGAGGAAAAUAGCAGCCAUGAUGUUCCCAGUCUGAGCUCAGAUACUUGUGAUGAAAAUUCCCAAACACAAACUCUAAAUAGGUCACAAUUGGAUGAAGCAUUUGAGAAAAAUCCUGAAACCACGAUUACGUCAAGUCUGAAUGAUACACAAGAUGAAGAUGUAUUUGAAUGUAGUGAAUCUCAGUUUAGCUUGUCAACUUCAGCCUCAUCCAGUGAAGAGGAACAGUGGCAUGAUGGACUUCUUGAUAUCUCCAGAGAAGAAGAAGGAAUUGUGCAUUGUGGAGAUUCUGAGUUCACAGAGGAACACAUCAGGGAGAACAUGCAAACAGUAUGUGAGGAUAAAAGAAAAAUAACUGAGGAACAGUGGCACGAUGGACUUCUCGAUAUCUCCAGAGAAGAGGAAGGAAUUGUGCAUUAUGAAGGUUCUGAGUUCACAGAGGAACAGAUCAGGGAGAACAUGCAAACAGUAUAUGAAGAUGAUGAAAUUGUCUCUGCUAAAGAUAAUCCUGAUGCUGCCGAUAUCCUAGAUAAUGACACCAGCAAUGCAAGUGACUCUGAUGCAGACCAAAAGAGCGAAGGGUCUGGGAAGAUGCCACCUACAUUCCCUGGUGUUUUUAUGAAGGAUCAGAGUAUCCUCCCACCUCUGCGACUACCUCCCACUCCUCUUACUGUGCCACCUUCAUUCAAGUUCCCUCUGGAUAGAUGCAUGUCACUACCUCUAUCGCAGAGCACUCCAUCUGGACUGGAUCAAGUAGGAUGGAUGAAAAGGAAGCUAAUGAGUACAGGAGAGGGUGAUUUAGGUUCAAAAACUUUGGAGGGCCGCCGAGACAGCAGAAAGGGGAGAAGCAGAUGGAAGGCUUUACAUCCUGGAUCACACCAGCUGCCAGUGCACCAGCUAAUCAGCGGUGGAUCUAUUGUAAGUGCUGAGGCAGCAUGGGAUCACGUCACCAUGGCCAACCGGGAGUUGGCAUUUAAAGCCGGCGACGUCAUCAAAGUCCUAGAUGCUUCCAACAAGGAUUGGUGGUGGGGUCAGAUUGAUGAUGAGGAAGGAUGGUUUCCUGCCAGCUUUGUGAGGCUUUGGGUAAAUCAGGAAGAUGGAGUGGAGGAGGGCCCCAGCGAAGUGCAAAAUGGGCAUUUGGACCCAAGUUCCGACUGCCUAUGUAUUGGCAGAACUCUCCAGAACCGGGAUCAGAUGAGAGCCAAUGUCAUCAAUGAAAUCAUGAGCACAGAAAGACAUUACAUCAAACACUUGAAAGAUAUAUGUGAGGGUUAUUUAAAGCAAUGCAGGAAGCGGAGAGACAUGUUCAGUGAUGAACAGUUGAAGGUCAUCUUUGGAAACAUCGAAGACAUCUACCGGUUCCAGAUGGGCUUUGUUAGAGACCUUGAGAAGCAGUACAAUAACGAGGAGCCACAUCUCAGUGAAAUAGGACCAUGUUUUCUAGAACACCAAGAUGGAUUCUGGAUAUACUCAGAGUACUGUAAUAAUCAUUUGGACGCCUGCAUGGAACUCUCCAAGCUGAUGAAGGACGGCAGGUACCAGCAUUUCUUUGAAGCGUGCCGACUACUGCAGCAAAUGAUUGACAUUGCCAUCGAUGGGUUCCUUCUGACACCUGUGCAGAAGAUCUGCAAGUAUCCGCUUCAGCUGGCUGAACUACUAAAGUACACAGCACAGGACCACAGUGAUUACAGGUAUGUGGCAGCUGCUCUUGCUGUUAUGAGGAAUGUCACCCAACAGAUCAAUGAGCGGAAGAGGAGACUGGAAAAUAUUGACAAAAUUGCACAGUGGCAAGCAUCAGUUCUGGACUGGGAGGGAGACGAUAUCCUGGACAGAAGUUCCGAACUUAUCUACACUGGAGAGAUGCAGUGGGUCUACCAGCCGUAUGGACGCCAGCAACAGAGAGUAUUCUUCCUAUUUGAUCACCAGUUGGUUCUCUGUAAAAAGGACCUGAUUCGGAGAGACAUCCUUUAUUAUAAAGGUCGCUUGGAUAUGGACAAAUAUGACGUUAUAGAGGUGGACGAUGGGCGGGAUGAGGACUUUAAUGUCAGUGUGAAGAAUGCCUUUAAGCUGCAUAACAAGGAGACAGAAGAGAUGCACCUAUACUUCGCCAAGAAGCUAGAAGAGAAGCUGAGGUGGCUGCGUGCCUUCAGGGAAGAGAGGAAGAUGGUGCAGGAAGAUGAGAAGAUUGGUUUUGAAAUAUCAGAAUACCAGAAGAGGCAAGCGGCAAUGACUGUGCGUAAAGUGAGCAAGCAGAAAGCUGGUGUCAGCUGCCCUCGCUCAGUACCUCCAGCAUAUCCGCCGCCUCAGGAGCCAGGGGCCAUCCAAGGACAGUAUAUGGUGACCGACGGCAUUUCACAACCACAAGUUUUUGAGUUCACUGAACCUAGAAGAAGUCAAUCCCCGUUCUGGCAAAACUUCAGCAGGUUGACGCCUUUCAAAAAAUAAUACAGAAAUUUAAAUAUAUAAAUAUAUAUAUUGAGAAAGGAGUAUUAAAAUUAGAAAAAAAAGAAAUUAUAUUUAUAGAUGGACCUUUUUUCGGAGAAGCACUGUUGCAAUUAUUCUAUGAAAGGACCAAAAAAAAAAAGAAACAAACAAGAAAACUAACUAAAAACAAAAAACUUUUUACUCCUUAAAAUAUUUCAUUUUAUUUCCCCCCGUCGGACAUCAGGAACUGCUCUGCUUUGAAAAGCUCCAUGAACCAUUUUCUCUCCCUGUAGAGUUUCAUUCACAAUCAGAAGACUUUUACCGUUUCUCUUCUCAGACUCUGGGACCUUCCUUCGCUUUCCAUGUUAGUGACCACUCACGUUUACGAGUCACCUGGUUUCCAGUGGAAAUUGCACAUUUUGUUUAAAAAGAACAUUCUCUCUGAUUUAGGAUGGAAACACAGUGGUUAAAGGAAAUAAUUCAAACAAAACCUACAAGCUGCUUUCAUUUCAUAAUAUCCAUCAACAUACAUUCCCAUGCCUGCAGAUCCAGUGGGACUGCCAAAGAGCUGCUAGUCCCCCUGGUGCUGGAAGGUUUGCCCAUGCCUCAUUCUCAUUCAUUCCUCGAGAGCAACCAUUUUGAAAGUGGUCACAUUCUCAACUAAGCACCGCUGCACAAGAAAUGACAGGGGAAGCUUAUAGAAUGCAUUGGCUAGGUAAAAGAUGCGUUAACCUAGAAGAACAGUGUUUGGAAAUGGAACAGAGGGACAGCACCCUACGCUAGUUGUGCAUUAUUAACUAAUCUUAUUGUUUGAAUCUCUGUUUGUUCACAGGGUAUGAAGAAGCAGGAAAAGUAGAAAUUUAGCUUCUUGCUCACCUGCUGAUCCUCCACUAUUGUAGCUGUAGCAGAGCUUUGUAGUUCCCAGUGAGUCUGCUAGCUACUGUGCAGUCCCUCUAUUGCUUUAACUAUUCCGUAAAUGUUCUCAGAUAAGGAUAAAACAUGGCUUGUUACACUUUUAUCACAUUGUGAUAUUUAUUUCCUGUUCUUCCCAAAGAGUAUGGGUUUUAUUGUUUUGUCUUUUUUUGGGGUUAGUGAAUGCCGUCACUUCAGUUGUCUGAGUGAAGAAAUCGGCAGCAACGUUUAUUUUUUUGCUGCCAGUCACUGUUAUUUUUAUUUGGGGUCACUGUGAGCUUUGUAACUAAAAUAACAUGUGAAAUGAGAAAGAUCUGCUGCUUGACAUCCUUACACAUUUGGUGAUCAUUCAAUGCUGCAUCCUCAUUUCUGCCUGAAGCCAUGCUUGCUUGGGAGAGGCAGUGGUUAGUGCUAAACUUCCUUGUCCAAAUGGCAAUAAUGUCUAUGGUGUAAAAUCCCUAAGGCUCCGCGUGUGCUCAGCAGAGCACUUUAGCCUAAAGGGAAGCAGCUUACUAAAAAAAAAAAAAAAAAACUGCUUACAGUCUUGGUGCUGGCUUGAGGUCUAAUAUGUUGUGACAAGUAUUACAUAUUCUCUUUGCAUCUAAUUGCAAGUCAUUGGGUUUCCUUGUACAUUGCCAUUUACAAAUACUUUUAGCUUUUCCAUGUUCCCUGCCCUUUAACCUCUGUUCCUUUUAUUUAAGAAGCAUUCCUUCUACCCAUCUCACACUCUUCCUUCAUUGGUAACUACAUUAUUUAAGUGUAAAUAUAUGAACACUUUAGGUCUUCUUUUCUAUAAUCCCUCUGCACCAUUCCUGUUCUGCUUUCUCUCAUAUUUAGUAUUCAGUGUAGCGCCUCUUUCCAUGCUGCAGACGAUGUAGGCUCAUUCAUUUAAAUGGGUCUGCUUUCCCCCAGAGUAAAGAGGAAGACAGUGUCAGAGCUUAUUAAACAGUUGCCUUUGUUUCAUGUCUCACGUUGCUUUCCCAAGGUGCUCCCAUCAUUUUGUUUGUAGAGUCUGGCUGGUUUUUACAUUCGCCCAUCGUUCUGCUACACUUCAUAUACAACACUUUGAUGAUUGAGUCUAGUCUGCUAGCACACUACUGCCAGCUGUACCCACCUCUCACUGUGCUGAAUGAUACUGUGUCAGGUGCCUUGGGACUAGCAGUUUAUGGACCACCAGCAGGAAUCGGAAGCUUAACUCACAAGAUAUGAAGGUGCAUCCACUCUUACUAUUAGUUAAAAAUGACGUCACUCUUUGUAGCUAACAACUUUGUGUUAUAUUUUUACCAUUAUCAUAAAUACAUACUUGUGAGUUUAUUUGACAACGUAAAGAGCAACAUAAAAAGGGCAAUAACCCAUAAAAACGUACAAUCAGCCUGAAAUGGAAAUAAGGUAAAUGUGAUUGGUUGUUGCAGUGGGUUACUGCACUUUAAACAUCAGCAUUGCUCCUUGCACUGCCUUACUAAAGAAGUCCAUUGGAUUUUGUUCACAUGAUUUAAAUACAUGACAUAUCAAUUCUGAAUCCUGUUUAUGUCUCGUAUAGAGACUGAGAGAUGAUAAAGCUUUUUAUGGCACGAGCUGCAUGUCUACAAGCUGCAUCCUAUUACCUAAAAAAUAUCGUUUUUCUGGAUUAAAGAGAUCAAUGUAAUAUAUAACUUACUGUAAGCGAUUUCAGUGCAUAGGAACACACACACACACACACAAUAGGUGCACUGAUAUCUUACUCAUUGGAGUAUUACACCCAAUGAACUUGUGACAAUCAUAUGAACAGAAUGAACAAUGAAUGUAAUGUGGCUAUAGCCAACAGAGGGAACUACACUGUAGUAUUUACAUUUCAAAAACUGCAGUGGUAAACUUGUAUCAUAUUCCUUAUUCAGGGAAUAACAACAAAUGUUUUUUGUCCAGAUAUAGCACAACUAAUUAAAAAAAAAUAUGUUUAUUUUUUAAUCCUUGUCAAUUUUACAUUGCGGUAUAUCAACUAUAUACUGAAUCAAAAUACAAUUCAACAUCUGUUGAAACUGUUGAAAUUGAGAGCAUGAAGGUUGCAGUGCUGAGCCUGCGUUCAUUGCGAUAAAAUAAAAUUAUAGGCCAUGUGCAAUUCUUCUUGAAACUGUGCCUCUCUUUAUGUACAAAGGUUAUGUUUAUGCCCUACUUCUCAAUACCUGGAAGCUAUGUAAAGCCUUUAUAACUUGAUUGCGCAAUAAGAUCAGUAAAUCUUUUGUAAAUGGAUGUUAACAGGUUGAGCUGUAAGAAUGAAUGCACCUUCCUGGUAGCAACACCUAGCUUUCAUGGAAAUAUGCAUAUCUGGACUUUCUACCUCCUUGGGUUUCUCUGUCUGGUGUUGGAUUCAGAGGACGUGUGUGUUUACACAUGUUUUACAUUUUAGGACCAGUUCUAAAUCAAAUGUUAUACUUAGGCAGGGAUUUUAAUCUGUUAUAUUUAUUUUUUUAUUUCUUUCUCCAGUUUAAAACUUGGCCAUUUAAAUAUUGCUAAAUUUAGAGUAUGAAAAGGGUCACAGCUAUAAAGUAUUUUUUUUUCUGUUUGAUUCAUGUAUUAAAGCCUAACUACAACCAAAAGUAUUUUUUUUUUUUUUUUUAGUAUGGAAAGAGUUACAACCUCUGUCUGGGUUUUUUUGCUGUUUGUGAUAACACUAGUGAGAAUAUGCUCUGCUCAUUUCUUGUCUCAGUGAACCCAGAAGGGAAAUGAUGGGAAAAGGGGUUACCAGAGCAGAAAAACAUGGACAUCAAUAAAAGCCAGAAAAAAAAGGUUCUAACCUUUCCCUGCUCUACUAAAAUACAAAUGUUUUUGUUACUGUCUAUUCUUCUAUAGAUAUUUCCUGUUCUGACUGCCAGGUCAGGAAGUUAGCAAAAAUCUCCCCAGUGGGGACACACAAUACCAUUUAAACCUGACCUGAGGUUCUAACCCUCAAUCACUCUUUCCAAAACUAAAAACAAAAGAUUUAAGAAAUUAAUAGAAGUAGAUGUUUUAAUGGGGUUGUCCCUUUAAGGUUAUAAUAGGUUCAUACAGUAGUUUAGGUUUAUAUAAUUUUAUUCUCUGAGCUGCAAAAUGUGAUCAGCUCUGCAAGUUCCUAUAGUUUGCCUUUGAGCGUGGGGAAGAGGGAUCCACUUCAAAAAGUACUGUGUUCAGCUUUAUCUAUUGUGGAUAGUGCUACUGAAAGUUAUGUUAAGGUGUGCUUAUAAAAUGUAAUACAAUGCUUACAGUGAAACACUAUGGCAAAGAAUUAAUGGAAGAGCACUAGUAUGUAAAAUCCUUUACUUCUUUGGGUAGAAGUUACAUAGCAAAUCAUGAUCAUACAUUUCAUAAGCACAGACCAAGAGGAGUGCCAGAAUGUGAUGCUGUUGUGCAGUAGAGAUUGCCCUCUUAUACUUUAAUGAACUAUGUACUCUACUCUGUAAAGGAGGCAUGUAAGGAUUUUGCAUGCUGGUGCUCAGUCUUUUAUUUCACUUUUCUGCUAUGGAUCCUUCUCCCUCAAGCUUAUGUUACAAAGGGAGACAUUCAAGAACCUGUGUUGUAAGAAUGUUGGAUUUUUCAGUUCAAAAUUGGAGUAGAGAAUGUAAUGGAGUUCAUUUAGGUUUCUUUCAUCUGACAUCACGCUUAUAUAUGAGUGAUGGGUAACACAAUCUUUUGGGGAAGACCUUACACAUCAUAGCAGUAACAUAUUUACUUGCCUUGGACUGUUCCAAAUUGUAAGACACAGAUGAGUGCCAUCUUUAAUGUUUGUGUCUUUUGAGUAUUUUACUACUGAUUUGCUGGCAGUGAUGGAAGACCGCUAUAUGAACCUGACUAUUCAGACUAUUUUCCUACCUAUAUUAUAUCCCUGGUAAUCAUGUAAAAUUGUUUUCUGAAAAGGUUGGGCUGUCAUGUUCUGUCCAUUUUACCAACCUAAGUCUAAGUCUUAUUUCUUUACUUUAGACAAUAAACAAACUGCAACAUG